GAUGGGCUUCCCAAAGGCUUUAAACAAGGCCUCAAAGCAACUUGCAUCCCAACGUUUUUGCUGCAAAAUAUCCCAAACUUGCUAUUCGGAAAUUCAAUGAAUAACAUGCCUUCCCAGACUGUCAACAUACGAGAGGUUCAAACGACCCCGUUUGAGGGACAGAAGCCUGGCACCUCAGGUCUCCGUAAACGUGUCAAGGUCUUUCAGCAAGAGCAUUAUACCGAAAACUUUAUCCAGGCAACCUUGUCUGCAAUUCCUGAUGGACCUGCCGGCGCCACCUUGAUUGUGGGUGGAGAUGGUCGGUACUUUCUGAAAGAAGCAAUUCAAAAGAUUAUACGACUAUCUGCUGGAAACAAGGUUUCCAAGUUAGUGAUUGGUCGAAAUGGUAUUUUCUCUACUCCGGCGGUGUCAAACUUGAUAAGGAAGCGCAAGGCCACUGGUGGAAUCUUGCUCACUGCAUCCCACAACCCCGGAGGCCCGGACAACGAUUUCGGCAUCAAGUUCAACAUGAGCAAUGGAGGUCCGGCACCUGAGAGCGUUACGGACAAAAUAUACCAGAUAACAACCAAGAUCUCCUCGUACAAGGAGGCGGAUAUACCAGAGGUGGACCUAUCUGAACUGGGCACCAAAAGCUUUGGUGAUCUCACCGUUGAAGUCAUUGAUUCCGUUGAUGAUUAUGUCUUGCUGAUGAAGGAGAUCUUCGAUUUCGACAUGCUUCGAAGCUUUUUCAAGAAACGAUCCAGCUUCAAGGUCCUUUUCGAUUCUUUACACGGUGUAACAGGACCCUAUGGGAAGAGAUUAUUAGUUGAUGAGUUGGGAUUACCUGCCUCGUCCGUAAUGAACAGCGAGCCGCUCGAGGACUUUGGAGGAGGCCACCCAGACCCGAAUUUGACUUAUGCGCAUGAUUUGGUGGAGCGCGUAGAGAAGGAGAAUAUCGAUUUUGGGGCGGCGUCUGAUGGUGAUGGUGACAGAAAUAUGAUCAUUGGAAAAGGCGCGUUCGUCAACCCGUCCGACUCCGUGGCCCUUAUUGCUGCGUAUGCCGACGCUAUACCGUACUUUAAGAAGUCUGGCCUGAAGGGCUUAGCUCGAAGUAUGCCGACCAGCGGAGCCCUGGACAGAGUUGCAAAGAAGAAGGGAGUGCAAAUUUUUGAAGUGCCCACCGGUUGGAAGUUUUUUGGUAACCUGAUGGACGCGGGCAAAUGCUCCGUUUGCGGCGAGGAGAGUUUCGGUACGGGAUCAGACCACAUUCGUGAAAAGGACGGCGUGUGGGCGAUUUUAGCAUGGUUGUCCAUCGUCGCUUAUGCGAGUGAGAGCAACCCCAACGUUAGCCUGAACGACAUUCUAAACAAGCAUUAUGAAGAAUAUGGUCGCAACUUCUUCUCAAGAUAUGACUACGAAGAGGUGGACAGUGAAGGGGCAAACAAGGUGAUGGCGCACUUGACGGCCUUCAUCAAUGACAAGUCCAAUAUCGGCAAAAAAAUCGAGAACUACGAGGUUGCCCUCGCAGACAACUUUGAGUACAAGGACCCGAUCGAUGGAAGUGUCAGCAAGAACCAGGGAAUUCGUAUUAUCUUCAAGGACGGCUCACGAAUUGUGUUCCGGUUGAGCGGCACAGGAUCCCAAGGCGCAACCGUCCGGUUGUACGUCGAAAAGUAUUCCGCAAAGGAUUACAAACAGGACACACAGACCGCGAUUCAGGAUUUGAUCAAGAUUGCUCUUGAUCUGUCCAAGCUUGUCGAAUUCACAGGCCGCAAGGAACCUACGGUCAUCACAUAAAAACGCCUAGAGGAGGACUUGUAGACAAGCUGCUAGCACCUUUUGGACUGCUUUUGCCCAAUACAUGUCUUGUUGUAUCCCAUUUUCGUCAAACCUCCCCCAAAGCUCAUCAGAAUCGUUCCGGCAGCCAAAAUCUCUACCUAUGGUCUCUAUUUUAGUUAUCUAUUCUACUUUUCGUCGCUGUCAUCAGCGAUUGUACAGAAGCCUUCCAACUGGCCAAAACUUGCGUUGCAAUAAAAUCCCGGAUUGUUACCCCC